AUGAGUCUGGCUGACAGUCUCAUUGCGGGAUCUAUCCCGAGUAGCCUGAGCUCGCCUCAUGGCUACAUUGCCAUUGCUGCUUUCUUUGUCUCUGUUCUUAUCGUUUCUGUUCUGAUCUUCUCUUCCCAAAAUGCGAAAUCUGACUACAAUAGCGGGAUCUGGACCUAUCUUAAAUUCGCAUAUGCAAGCUUCUUGAAACCUCAUGAGAAGGGCGGCAAUGGCCAACAGCAGGCACUGGAGAGCUUUUACAAGACUCAGGCGUCCGUCUAUGAUGCGACUCGUUCACGGCUCCUCCGGGGCCGCGAGGAUAUGCUUGGCCUGCUCGCUGCACAGCUGAAGCUGAAGAGCGAGAAGCAGGGCGCCAAGGCUCAGAAGCCUAUCUGGGUAGAUAUUGGAGGAGGCACUGGAUACAAUAUUGAGGCAAUGGCUUCCUUCCUCCCAGUCGACUCAUUUUUCUCCCGCGUCUACCUGGUCGAUCUAUCACCGUCGCUUCUCGAGGUCGCCCGUAAGCGAUUCGAACGAUUAGGAUGGAAAAACGUAAGUGUGAUUUGCAUUGACGCUCGGUCUUUUCGCCUUCCGAAAGGUGAUGAUGGAGCCGAUAUUGUCACUAUGAGCUAUAGCUUGUCUAUGAUACCAGACUACUAUAGUGUGGUUGAUUCCUUCACCUCCCUUCUGAAACCCUCCGGUAUUAUUGGAGUCUGCGACUUCUACGUGCAAAGCAUAGUUGAUGUUUCGUCACGGAAUUAUACUGGAGGGGCCUUCAACCGCCAUGUGAACUGGCUGGGACGCGCAUUCUGGCGUGCUUGGUUCGAGGCUGACAGGGUUAAUCUUGAGGCUGCCCGCCGCGAUUACCUGGAAUACCGCUUUGGUACUGUCAUUUCAGCAAGCGAGAGAAAUUACCUUCUAGGAGGUAUCCCUUAUUAUAUCUUCAUCGGUUGCCAGAAGGACGUUGCCUCCAACCCUUCCAGCAUUGAGCAACUGGAUGCAUCUUUCACAGAGUCUCCUUAUCUCUCACCAGCGAACCAUCGGAAGGAGAUUGACGUCGCGAUCGAACAGAGCGAAAAGGAAAUCCGGUCCAAGGCAUACGAAUCGGCAGUUAUCAACCUCAGCGCGAACCUGCCGCUCCCUUCGUCUUUCUACCAGAAUCACCAUUACCGAGUCUACUACAACGAUCUGCUGCCCAAGCACACCCAGUUCCAGAAUGAGUACAUUUAUGCUUUCACAUGGGAGGAUCCCCGAGUAGACCACCGUCUGCUAAACAUUGGACCUGAUGAUGUUAUCUUGGCCAUCACCAGUGCCGGAGAUAACAUCCUGGAUUACCUGCAGAACAACCCCAGGAGAGUGCAUGCGGUAGACCUCAACCCUAACCAGAACCACCUCCUCGAACUCAAAGUGGCAGGGUUUAGUGCGUUGAGCUACGGGGAUUUCUGGAAGAUUUUCGGAGAAGGCAAACAUGAGAAGUUCCGUGAGCUCCUCAUCUCUCAACUCAGCCCACACCUUUCUAGUCAGGCCUUCCAGUAUUGGCUCGAGCAUUCUCAUGUCUUCACAUCCGCCUCUGGACGGGGGCUCUACGAGACUGGCGGUUCUCGCCACGCAAUCAAGAUGGUCCGAUAUUUGUUCAAGGUCUUUGGCCUUGAAAAGGAAGUGAAGAAGCUGUGUGAAGCUCAGACCCUGAACGAGCAGCGGGAGAUCUGGCCCCGUAUCCGUGGAGUACUGAUGAGCUCCCCUCUCCAUUAUGCUAUCGUUUCAACAGAAUGGUUUGCUUGGAAGGCUGCCGGUGUACCGCGCAAUCAAAGGAACAUGAUUAUCGAUGACUACCUCAAGAGGAAUGGCCUGACUCAUGACAUGAAGACGACCAAGGAUGUCAGCGGCAAGGCUAUCUGGGAGUAUGUCGUCGACACGUUGGACCCGGUCGUCAAAGACACAAUGAUCAGCAACGACAACUACUUCUACUAUCUCUGUUUGCAGGGACGCUUCUCGAGAAGAUGCCACCCUACUUAUCUGAGCCCGAAAGCUCAUGCGAAAUUGUCGUCAUCUGGUGCCUUCGACGGUCUCCGGAUUCAUACGGACGAGAUCAACGAGGUUAUUGCAAGAAUCACGCCAGGGACUCUGACGAUCGCAGUGGUCAUGGACUCAAUGGACUGGUUCGACCCCAAGGGCGAUGCAGCUACCUCACAAGCCAGAACAUUCAACCGUGCUCUAAAGAUGGGAGGCCGCAUUUUGCUAAGGUCAGCCAGUAUCGAACCCUGGUAUAUUGAGAACUUCGAGAAGAGUGGCUUCUCCCCACGCCGUGUAGGCGCUAGAUUCCCCGGGUCGUGUAUUGAUCGUGUAAAUAUGUACGCGUCUACUUGGAUAUGUACGAAGACUGCAGAAUUGGGACGCCCUGGCUCUGGUCCCAGCCAAAGAUCGAAUAGUGUUGAACACUUGGAGAUCUAAAUUUUCGAUUCUGCGAGCGUAAAAGAAAAAAGAAAAUAGAAAAAAAGAAAGAAAAACUAUAGGUUCUUUACUUAACGCCUAUAUCUAGAAAUUCUAUUAAAGUGCGAG